CCAAAUACCACGACUAUGAUAGUAGAAACAUCUUUUUUGCAGCCAUGGUUCAUCUACUUAUCUUUUCAAGCUGUGCACUCACCUUUACAAGUCCCAGAGGCAUAUGUUCAGCUGAACCACCACAUAAUUGACGCAAGAAGACGGCUAUAUGCAGGCAUGGUAUCAUGUAUGGAUGAGGCGAUAGGUGGCAUAGUAGAAACAUUGAAACAACAGAGCGAAUGGGAAAACACGUUGCUUAUAUUCACAUCAGACAAUGGCGCUAAUCCAAAAGCCGGAGGCAGUAAUUGGCCCUUACGUGGAAAUAAAGGAUCCGUAUGGGAAGGAGGCAUACGUGCAGUAGGAUUUGUGAACAGCUUUUUCUUUGACAAAAACAGAAGAGGGUCUGUAACAAAUGAACUAAUACAUGUCACAGACUGGUUCCCUACAUUAAUAAAUGUUGCUGAUGGUAAUCUGAAAGGUACGCAGUAUUUAGACGGACAUGAUCAGUGGACAACUAUAAGGUAUGGUAUUCCAAGCACAAGGACAGAGAUACUCCAUGGUAUUGAAACAGUUGACAAAUCUUCAAAUAGAGCAGUGUUUGAAUCAAUAUUCAAUACAUCUAGAACAGCUUCUCUUAGAGUGGGUAUUUGGAAAAUUCUAACAGGUUUGCAGGGUUCCAGUUCAAGACGGAAUAAGUCCUCACUUCUGGCGAACGUCCGAUUGUUUGAUAUCAAAAAUGAUCCACAGGAACGUACUGAUAUAGCUCCAAAGUUCCCAUAUAUAGUUACAAACAUGCUUCAAAGGCUUGAACGUUAUCAGAGGCGUAUGGUUUCAUGCCAUAAUCCGGAAAUCGAUCCAUUGGCAAACCCUAAAUACCAUAAUGGGUUCUGGCAACCAUGGCAAUAAUUAAGGAGUCAGUACGUUUGCACCCGCUCUUAAAACAAGAAAGUAGACAUUUCAGAAAGCAUAAAUGUCGAACAUGUUUAUAACGCAUUAAUACUCUACUAAAGUCAAAUAUAUAUACGUUAAAACAAAAAACUGCUGCGUUAUAAUGAAAUGUUACAGGCACAUUAAUAUGCUUGCAAAAACAAAAUCAUUUGCUUAAGUUUCGGUUAAAACGUAUUGGACGCCUUGCUAUAACAACUAUGCACAUCGUUUUACAAAUAUUUGAUUAUGCUUUUGCUUUAAAAUCCGUUGGCAUAUAUUAAAGAGUAUAACCGUGUUCUAGUAAUACACAAGUUUUAUUAAGAAUUUUGACAUAACUCAUAAUACCGGCUUAAGUUGAACUCUCCUAUACAAGAAUUGAACGGAGUCCAUGAUCUCACAAGAUCCAGAAAAUGUAGCUAUAAAUCUAAGUACGAGGUGCAUUUGCAAUUUUUAUUUGAAAAGAAUAUAAAGUACACAAGACAACGAUUCUGUCUAUUAAUUUUUAAUUAUAUUUGAUUUGUCUCUUCAAUAUUUUGACACUCGUUUAUCAGAGAUUUUUAUGCGUGGAAAUGGCGGAAUAGUCGAAUAAUGUGAGUGCGAAAAUCCAGAAGUCAUUUAUUUCAGCUAAAUGUUUGUGCGGGAAACAGAAGAAGCUAAUAAGUGAAAAAAUGUACG